AUGGAAAAUACCAAAUCCGAACUAGAUCUAUUGAAACAAGAAAAUGCUAGGCUUUUGGAUAAAAUUACGGAAUUGGAACAAACUGUGGAAUUGGAGCAAUAUAAAUCAGAUACUAAUGCCAGGCUUUUGGCUGAGAAUACUGAACUUAGAAAUGAGAAUACUAAAUUAAGACAAGAUAUAGGAGGGCAUGAAGCCAGAAUCACGAAACUAGAACAUGACAUAAUGGUACUUAAAAAAGAAUUGGGAUUUAAGAAAAACCGCAAAUUUCAGACUAAAUGCAUUCAGAUAGCUAAAGAAAUUCUUAACGAAGAACCGAUAAUUGAGUAUCGUCCUCCUUUUAUGGAAGGAUUAGAACUUGAUGCCUUCUUCCGAAGUAAUAGAAUCGCGUUAGAGGUACAAGGGCUCAACAUCGGCUUCAUAACACCAGCUGGUAUAAGGAUAUUGUUAAUCGUGAUCGGAAAAAAAGAUGCAUAUGUCAAGAUAACGGAAUUUUUCUUCUUGAGUGCAAUGGCAACCACAUUUUUAGGAGUAGAGAGUGGUCGUUUUAUUGAUAAAGGAACUUUGCGCAUUCCAAACAUACAAAGAGCCUUUAAAAAUCUUGUUAAUGCAGAAUCCAAGGUGAUCAGUCAAAUCGAAAAUGAAGUUAAUACAGAACUACGCGAAAUGCAUGAUGUGGAUAUUAUAGAAUUUGAAUUACCAGAAAUAAAGGCCAAGGGCAAGAAACAAAAUGCGAAACUUAUGGCCAGAAUCGCCGAAUUGGAACAGCGUGAAAGUGAAAAUGCAGAGCUUAAAGCCAAGGUAUUGAAACUAGAAUAUGGCAUCGAGGAAAUUCUCGAUCAAAUAUGUGG